AUGCCACCCGGCAGCGCGGAUACAGCUUAUAUCAACGCAUUUCAUGUUGCGUGUAGCAAUGGUGAUCUGCCGAAAGUCCGGGAGGCCCUCGCCAGCGGGCGACUCUCUGCUGAGCCUCUUAACAACGGACUCAGUCUCGCCACCCAAGCGGCACAUCUGGAUAUCGUGACGGCGCUCUUCGAUGCCGGCGUGCCCAUAACACCCGGGGCAGUAGGCUCUCUUUGCGGGAAGGAAGACCAUCAGGACCCGCGUAUAAUUCGCCUCUACUUUGACCGUGGCCUGAAACCUAGAAAAUGUACCACGUCCCUCGGCGAGCCUCUUCUCCGCUUUUUGAAUGCUGCCUGUGCUCGCGAGUUACUGGAGCGAGGCGUUGACCCCAACCGUUGCGGCCCGAAGAAGACAAAACCCCUGGCCAGCGCUCUUGAACAGGCCUAUAAAGACAACGGAGCUUUGUUCGACCUGCUCGUCGAAUACGGCGCUAAGUGUUCAAAACUAGAUUCCCUUCUUGCCAAAGGUCUCGACCCGAACACGACCUCCGCGGACUGGGGCACGCCUUUACACUGCGCUGUCUGUCUCGCUAUGGAGAACCUGGUUCAAAUACUACUAGACGCGGGCGCAGAUCCUACGGCACAACUGGGGUGCAAACAAUUCCGUGACCGAAGCCCUGCAGAAGUAGCAGAGUUACUCAUACGGGUCAAGGAUCCCAGCAGCCAGGCCAAGUAUCAGAGUAUACUCAAACUCCUUGUAGCUGCAGAAAUUAGUCACACUAAUUCUACAACCGCUUUGUCGAAAAAGCUGAUCAAGCAUAAGCAGGCAACAAACUCGGUACAAGCUGAUACAGAGAAGCCAAGCGCCGGGGAUACUACAGAGCCCAUAGCAAGAGACAGAAAACUAAUACCCAGCAUACUGCUGUUACGAAUACUCCGAUAG